GGAGCAUCCUGAUUGGUUACGUCAACCCGGAAGAAACGCUAACCUUGAAAAGUGUGGUUGCGUAUCUUCGCCUGGAAAUCUUUAACUUUGCUGAAUGAGUCGCUAGCACUUUCCACACCUCUCCUACAUUAACAGACUCUGUUUGAACCUCAGUGUUGAUAUCGACUGAUCUGCAGACAUGAGGACCCCUCUGCUGUCCGUUGCCAGAGGCUGUAGAGCAUUUCACGGCUCCUUUUUCUCUCCGGUUCCAGUUGUAUUGACUCAGAAGAGGAUCUCUGUGUUAGGCUGCAGAAGCUCACAUGUCUGCAGAGACGACAGCAAUUACUACAUCACUACUCCCAUCUUCUAUGUCAAUGCCUCACCUCAUUUAGGACACCUGUAUUCAGCUGUGAUAGCUGACUGCUUUCACAGAUACAAACUACUGAAGGGCUUCCACUCAAAGUUUGCAACAGGUACAGAUGAACAUGGCUUGAAAAUUCAACAGGCUGCUGAAGCUGCAGGAAAAGAUCCCCUGACGUUCUGCACCGAUGUCUCUCAGAGAUUCCAACACCUCUUCAGCAGCUGCAGCAUAUCGCACACAGACUUCAUAAGAACCACAGAGAAGAGACACCGGGAGGCCGUGGAGCAUUUCUGGUCAGUUCUCUGGAACAAAGGGCUCAUCUACAAAGGGAGUUAUGAGGGCUGGUACUCCACCCAAGAUGAAAGCUUCCUCACAGCGUCACAGGUGGGAGAUGCUUUGGACUCGUCAGGGAAGGAGAUCAAGGUGUCACUGGAGAGUGGCCACAAGGUGGAGUGGAUGAAAGAGGACAACUACAUGUUCCGUCUGUCUGCUUUUCAGUCUCAGCUGCUCAGCUGGCUCAAAGGAAACCCUGGUGCCGUACAACCUGAGCGAUUCUACCACGCUGUUCUCCAGUGGCUGCAGGAGGACCUUCCAGACCUCUCCGUGUCCCGUCAGAGAAGCCGCCUUCAGUGGGGCAUCCCAGUCCCUGGUGACCCUGAACAAACCAUCUAUGUGUGGCUGGAUGCUCUGGUGAACUACCUCACAGUCGCUGGUUAUCCAAAAGAACAUGACAAAUGGUGGAAUGUGGCCCAUCACCUUGUUGGAAAGGACAUCUUAAAAUUCCAUGCCAUUUACUGGCCGUCUUUUCUUCUCGGCGCUGGGCUGCCAUUGCCCAAGACGAUCUACGUGCAUUCUCAUUGGACAGUUGAAGGAAAGAAGAUGUCUAAAAGUCUGGGUAACGUGAUAGAUCCUCUUGAUCGCUCUCAGAUGUUUACGACUGAUGGGAUGAGGUACUUUCUUCUGCGUCAGGGCAUCCCGGAUGCAGACUGUGAUUACACCAAUGAUAAAGUCAUCAAGCUGCUCAAUGCUGAACUCGCUGACGCUCUUGGUGGUCUGCUCAACCGCUGCACAGCUCCAGCUCUUAACCCAGGUCAGAUCUACCCCUCUUUCUGCCCUGAGUCCUUCCCCAGAGAUCAGGGGGGCAGGGCUGUGGCCGUAGAUUACAACAUGUUGCAUGCAGUAAAUAAUCUCCCUGCCGUUGUGGAGCAGCAUUUUGAGAGCAUGCAUGUGCACAGAGCUCUGGAGGCCAUCAGCGCCUGUGUGAGGCAAACCAACGGGUUUGUUCAACGCCACAAACCCUGGAAGCUGGAUCGGAGGGACAGUGAAGACCAGCGCUGGCUGGACACCGUUAUCCAUGUCACACUUGAGUGUUUGAGGAUUUAUGGCACGCUCCUCCAACCAGUAGUGCCAGAGAUUUCAAACAAACUGCUGUCCAGACUCGGAGUGCAACCUGAUGAAAGGAGCUGGGCAAAUACCAACUUCCUGCCCAAGUUUCAGGGAAAGGACUGUCCGUUUGAAGGAAGAGCACUAGGAACUGACUCUGGGGUGCUUUUUAAUCGUUUGGAAAGUCUGAAAGUAGAUAAACAAAAACCAAAGACAACAAAAAAGGCAGCAAAAUCAAAAUGAGGAUUUUCGGUUCACUGCACACUUAAUAAAUAAGUAAAAGGUC